AUAAACAAAUAAAUAAAUAAAUAAAAAAGACAGGUCUGACGAUGUGCUGGUGUUAGUGAUAUGUUAUAUUAAAAUGCAUAAUAAAGAUAGCUAGAGGGUGUAAUGCAUUUUCAUAAAUGAUUAUGUCUAAUUAAUACAUUAUAACAUACGGAUGUGUUUGUAGUAAUAUAUCAAAUUAUUAUACAUUAGAAAUAUGACCUUCAUAGAAAGUGUGACCAGAGAUUAUAAAACAAGUCACAUUUAUAUUAAAUCUGUGUGUGUGUGUGUGUGUAUAAUAUAUUAUUAAAUGAUAUGUUAUGUAUAUUUAUGGUAAGAAAUAGUCCAAAUGCUGUUUUCUUUCUUUCUUUCUUUUUUUUAAUUUUUUUGUUGUUGUUGUUGUUGUUGUUGUUAAUGGGGACUCCUAAUUUAUCAUUCUGCCUAAUUUUAAACCAAAGUGUGAAACAUAAACAUGAAAAACCUCUUCAUUGUGAUCAGAUACACUGAUUCAGUUUAAUUCAUUUAAAUAUUUAAAUGAAUUGCAUAGAAGAUCUUUUCGAAUAACUGCAUCAUAAAGUGCAUAACGCGAAGGGAGGAGAAUAUCCGCGUGAUUUUUCAGGUCGGAACGGAAGGACACGCAACUUCUUAUUUAUGGCCGUAAUGAAGAAAAAUCACUUGAUCCCUUAGGUUUUUUUUGUAAUUUUUUAAUUAUUUAUUUCUUUUUUUUUUUAAAUGUAAACAGUGUCACUGCUAUAUUUAAACAAACAAAUGAAUAAAUAAAAGUUCUUCCUAGCUUGAGAUUUCAAAAAUAAUCCUUCACAUUCCCUCUUUUCAAGUCAAGUCAAGUCAAGGCAAGCGGGCGUUUUAUUGUCAUUCCUCUUUACAUCGCUUAUAUACAUUGGAACAAAAUAUCCUUUCUCCAAGACCAGGGUGCAAUACACAACAGUACACAAGACUACAGAAAGUGAAACACAACAGUCUGAGACGAGUGCGGGACGUUCAAUACACAGGACGUUCAAUACACCCGACGUUCAAUACACAGAACAUGGACUGUAAACUAUCAUGUAGUGAUACUGGCAGCAAAGGGUCUCAUAAAAAGUGCAGUCUCGUAAAAAGUGCAGGUGUGCAGUGGUAUUGAGUCAUACUGGGUUAGACGUGUGUCUAGCCCUGAUGAAUGCUGGGAGGCAGCAGGGUGUAGAGUAAUCGGACUGCCUCAGGGAGGAAACCGUUGGAGUCUGCUGGUGGUGGCACGGAUGCUCCUGUACCGUCCUCCAGAUGGCAGAGGAAGCGCAGUGCUGCUACUGCUGCGAUAAUGAGAUAAUUGCCAGUGGUGUUUGCUACAGUAAACGCCAAUAAUUGUAAAUAUAAAAUGGCAGGAGGGUGAGGAGUCCGUGAGAGGGGUGAGAAAGGUCAUCCACAACGCCGAAGGCUAUGCACAUGCAGCGGUUGUUUUUCGAGUUGCCGACGGUGGGUCGAGAGCCUCCGGCGAUCAUUUCAGCUCUUCGCACAAUUCACCGUAGAGUUUUGCUUCCGGAGGCUGCGCGGCUCCACACGUCUGUUCAGGACGCGCUCCGUCAUCCCUCUGUAGAAGGUCGUGAGGACGGGACGGAGGAGUUUGGCUCUCUCCGGCCUCCGCAGGAAGUGGAGGCGCUGCUGGGAAUUCUUAGGUAGUCAGGUGGUGUUUAGAGUCCAGGAGAGGUUCUCCACCAUGUGCACACCAAGAAACAUGGCGCUUUUGACUCUCUCCGCAGCUGUUCCGCUGACGUCCAGUGGUGAGCGGUCUACUCGCUCGGGUCCUCCUGAAGUCAACAGUCGGUCUGAUCGACGUUGAGAGAUAAUCUGUCGUCUUCACACCGUUCCGCGAGCCGGUUCACCUCCUCCCCGUCCUCCUGUCACUUGAUGAUGCGAUUUGAACUGUAAACCUUGCAAUUUCUUUCACUAAUCAAUAAGAACGUCUGAAACACCUGACGUAGCCUGCGCACUUUAUUUACUAUAUAUCUAUAUUCUGACCCCUUUUUUUUUUUUUUAAAUCGACUCAUUUAAAAAUGUUUCUCUGCCGUCAGAGGAAAAUCUAAACAUUGAUUAUUUUCCUCUAACAUCGCCUCUCGAAGUGUUUCAUUCCUCUUACGCUGCAGCAAUUUACCAACGAUUCCAAUUUUUUCAUCUAUUAAAAGAACGACGCAUUGUACUUUCAACCCUAUAUAGUGACGUUUAACGUCACGGACCGUUUGCGAAACAAGUCAUUCGCCGUUAUUAGAGCAGCUAUAACCAGCCUUUCCCUCACCGGCCUGUAUUGUUUUUGUCUUUUGAAGAGAUGUGACGUGUGACCUCAUCUCUCCUGAAGAUCCUCCUGUUUCCCGUGACCGUUACGAAGCAGUAACCAUGGAGACUCCCGCCAUAAACGUUGAAUAAAUAUCUCAUUACAGAAAACCUCAUCGCGUCAAUGAUUAUAAAUCUUUGGUAAUUAACGCCACUGGUUUAUGUAGCUUGUCCGCCUUACGAGCCUCUGUUACUAUAGAGACGAUCAAUCAAAACCUUCUGACCAAUCAGAACGGAGAAUUCGUCAUGAGUGCAGCGUUAAGGAAAAACAGCCUUACUGUGUGUGUACAGGAAGUGAUUAAAAGGACAAGGUCUGAGCUGUGCGUGAAAGGCACACGUUAACGUAUGACGUGAUUGGGCCGUGAUACCGUUUCCUAGCGUGUGAAUGAGGCUCGUUUUCGGAGCAGCCCACCGGCACGCGACCUGAAGCGACAGAAAAGAACGUCGCUUCUUUACAGAGGCAUGAAGGACCGAGGACACACACUUCACUGUGAUCGUGAAGAGCGAAGCAGCUCUGAGGCGAAUCAUAAAAAGAUUUCAAGGACACAAAAAAAAAAGAAAAAAAUGCGGUGUUUUUCCUGGCUCUCGGCUGCGCUCGUACUGUGUGUGUGUGGAUCAGAGGUAGACGGACGGUGCUGGGACCUCGCCGACUGCAACGGCCUCGACUCUCGGGACAAAAUAAUAGAGUGCAUCUGGCAGUGCAGGUUGAAGCAGCUGGUCAGUAACACGGAAAGCCUGCUCCUGAAUCAGCAGCCGAGCAGCGAGGAAGACGAGGAGGACGAGGAGGACGAGGAGGAGGAGGAGGAGGAGGAGGAGGACAGCUUGAGCCUCGGCAUACUGCUCUCAUCUCUGGCUCCAUCUGACGCCUCUCGUGAACAGCCGCCCAGCACCAGACCUCAGCGCAGCGAAGAAAGACCUCCGUACGCCAUGGAGCAUUUCCGCUGGGGGAAGCCCAUGAGCCGCAAGCGCCGGCCGGUCAAAGUGCACACGGCCGUCUCCGCGGACGACGAAGGUCACGAGGAACCGUCCACGGAGACGUCUUUUCCCUCACUGGACAGGCGUCAGCUCGAGAACGGCGAGGAGAGCGAGCAGAAGACGAACGCAAACGCAAAGAGUACCACAAAGUACCGCAUAACCCACUUCCGCUGGAGCGCACCCCCUGCCGCCAAACGCUACGGCGGCUUCAUGAAGCCCGGGUCCGAGCGAUCCCACAAGCCCCUGCUCACGCUGCUCCGCAACAUCAUCGCUAGAAACGGACAAUGAGCAGGAAGAGAUGUGAGGAGAGGAAACGUCGAGUCCUAAUGCGUCAAAUUGGUCCUCGUCAUUGCCUUCUGUAGCUCACCAGGACUUCUUAAAUUAUCAGUGAUGUGAUGAUGACAAACCUCCACGUUCGGUGUCCGUCUCUCUCGUUUUCGUUAACGAGCUCUGAUCUCCAGCAGGAAGGUUUACGUUAUUACUGUAGUUAAUAUUCUUAUAACUCGAGUCUCCUGAGCCGAGCUGUAAAAAGCUUCCGUAUCACUCAGCACCUGUCCAUUUACCAAUGACGCUGUAAAUAUCAAACAUUCAAAUAAACCUGCAAUGUUACAAGCAGCCAUGCAAAAUCAUUGGCAACACUUUACUAGAAAAAAGGUCCACGAAUAAACAUACGUGUCUUACUACUCCUAAUGCUAAAAACCGAAUGAUUUCAAUUAAACGAUUCAUUUCACUUUCACUUAAGCGCCCCAAGUUUCUGUUAAAGACCUGAUGAAACACUUCAAGAAAAUAAAAUCAUCAGAGAACAGAAAAAGACACCGAUACACUUAGAACCGCCCCCAAAUCUACAUACCACACCCAUUUCUCCUGGUAAAAUAGUUCCCUUCAAGUGCGUAUUGGAACCCGAUUGGCUGUUUCUAUUUUAUGACGCAACAACACUUACCCGUCAUGAUCGUAAUCGGAUUUUACACCACGAUUUUCACUGCAGUGACUAGUGUCAUUGUAAGGAACUCGGAUUCAUUCCCUUAAAAGGACGUAAUCACAGAAUGACGUCAGUCUUUUCUCAUUUAAAAAUAAAAAUAAAGAUCAAAGAAAGAAAGAGGGAAAAAAAGGAAGAAAGAAGGAAACAAGGUCAGAGAAAGAAAGAACGAAUAGAAAGGUAUAUAAAAAAAAAAGGUCAAAGAAAGAACAAAAGAGAUAAAAGAAAAAAAGAAAGAAGAGAUGAAAAGAAAAGAAAGAAGAGCAAAAAAAAGACAGAUCAAAGAAAAGAGAUCAAACAAAGACAUGAGAAAAGAAAAAAAAGAUAUCGGAGAAAGAAAGAGAUAAAAAAAAAAAAAAGAAAUGAGAUCAAAGAAAGAAAUGAGUUCAAAGAGAUGGAUCAAAUAACGAGCUAAAAGAUAAAAGAGAUCAAAGAAAGAAGAGAUUAAAGUAAGAGAAAGAAAUGAGAAAAGAAAGAAAGGAGAUAAAAGAAAGAGAUAAAAGACAAA